AGGAGAUGCCGGGGAGAGGGAGCGCAUUGGGGAAGGAUCCAGGGACGUCGGUGGUCCAGAGGCUGAGGCACAGGCCGGGAGAGACUGGGAAAUCUACGGUGGUGCGUGGGAAGGGGACAGAAGGAGGGGAACCCCCGAACCGCUGGAGAAGGGGAGGUGGGGCAGGAGGGCUAGAGAAGGUGCAGCAGAGCAGAGGAGAGGAGAGGCCGAGGACGCAAGCAAGAGCGAGAGGAGGAGGAGGAGGAGGAGUGGGACUGGGGGGGAGAGGAGAAGAGGAGGAAGAGGAGGAAGGCUCCGCCGUUCUAGCCCCCCCUGGGAGCAGAAGCCUGCAGGGGGCAGUCACUGGACCCCAGCAGAGCCCAGGGGGCACUGGGUCUGAGCCAAAGUGUGCAAGUGUCCCUGGGGACGCAGCCGCCCGGGGAUUCGACAUGUCGGGGACACUGGACCUCGAGAAGGGCUGCACUGUGGAGGAGUUGCUGCAGGGUUGUAUCGAGGCCUUCGAUGACUCCGGGAAGGUUCGCGAUCCCCAGCUGGUGCGAAUGUUUCUUAUGAUGCAUCCGUGGUACAUUCCGUCCUCUCAACUGGCUGCUAAGCUGCUCCACAUCUACCAACAAUCCCGGAAGGACAAUUCCAACUCCCUGCAGGUGAAGACCUGCCACCUCGUCCGGUACUGGAUCUCGGCCUUCCCCGCCGAGUUUGACUUGAACCCAGAGCUGGCGGAGCAGAUCAAGGAACUGAAGUCCCUGCUGGACCGCGAGGGGAACCGACGGCACAGCAGCCUCAUUGACAUCGAGAGCGUUCCCACGUACAAAUGGAAACGCCAGGUGACCCAGCGGAACCCAGUGGGUCAGAAGAAACGGAAGAUGUCCCUGCUAUUUGACCACUUGGAGCCCCUGGAACUGGCGGAGCACCUCACGUACUUGGAGUAUCGCUCCUUCCGCAAGAUCCUGUUCCAGGACUACCACAGCUUUGUGACCCAUGGUUGCACGGUGGACAAUCCUGUCCUGGAGCGAUUCAUCUCUCUCUUCAAUAGCGUCUCCCAGUGGGUGCAGCUCAUGGUGCUGAGCAAGCCCACAGCCCCGCAGCGGGCCCAGGUCAUCACCCACUUCAUCCACGUGGCCGAGAAGCUGCUCCAGCUGCAGAACUUCAACACACUCAUGGCUGUGGUUGGGGGCCUGAGCCACAGCUCCAUCUCCCGGCUCAAGGAGACCCACAGCCACGUCAGCCCAGACACUGUCAAGCUCUGGGAAGGCCUGACUGAGCUGGUAACAGCCACUGGCAACUACAGCAACUAUCGCCGGCGGCUGGCAGCCUGUGUGGGCUUCCGAUUCCCCAUCCUGGGUGUGCACCUCAAGGACUUGGUGGCCAUACAGCUGGCCCUUCCCGACUGGCUGGAUGCUGCUCACACUCGGCUCAACGGGGCCAAGAUGCGCCAACUCUUUACCAUCCUGGAGGAGCUGGCCAUGGUGACCAGCCUUCGACCGCCCAUACAAGCCAACCCAGACCUGUUGAGCUUGCUCACGGUGUCUCUGGAUCAGUACCAGACUGAGGAUGAGCUCUACCAGCUGUCCCUGCAGCGGGAGCCACGCUCAAAGUCCUCGCCGACUAGCCCGACAACCUGCACUCCGCCCCCACGGCCCCCUGUCCUGGAGGAAUGGACUGCAGCUGCCAAGCCCAAACUGGACCAGGCCCUGGUGGUGGAGCACAUUGAAAAGAUGGUGGAGUCUGUGUUCCGGAACUUUGAUGUGGACGGUGAUGGCCACAUCUCCCAGGAGGAAUUCCAGAUCAUUCGAGGGAAUUUCCCUUAUCUCAUCGCCUUCGGGGACCUCGACCAGAACCAGGAUGGUUGUAUCAGCCGGGAGGAGAUGGUCUCCUAUUUUCUGCGAUCCAGUUCUGUGCUGGGGGGCCGUAUGGGUUUCGUCCACAAUUUCCAGGAGAGUAGCUCCCUGAGGCCAGUUGCCUGCAGGCACUGCAAGGCCCUGAUCCUGGGCAUCUACAAACAGGGGCUGAAGUGUCGAGCUUGUGGAGUGAGCUGCCACAAACAGUGUCGAGAUCGGCUAUCGGUGGAGUGCCGGCGCAGGGCCCAGAGCAUGAGCUUGGAGGGCCCUCCUGCGCCCUCACCCACACAUACUCACCUUCGAGCCUUUAGCUUUUCUUUGCCUCGCCCCGGCAGGCGAGGAUCCCGGCCGCCAGCGCCAGAGAUCCAAGAAGAGGGGGUCCAGGCUGUGGAAGAUGGGGUGUUUGAUAUUCACUUGUAACAGGUCUCCCCUCGAUUCUCCUUUCUGCAGCAGCUGUCUCUGGAGCAUGGACCCACCCCUGCUACUGGAGGGGCCUGACCACAGUCAUGGCCCUGGGAGAGCUGGGGCUGCCUCAGGGGCUGCUGGAGUGGGGCUGAAGGGGUGUCAGGAGAGGGGCACAGGGCCGCGGGGAGCAGGGUGUACAAACUCUUGUGAAUAUUUGUAUUUUCCAGAUGGAAUUAAAAAAAAGGCUGAUGGGAUCAGGUGUUUUACAGCUUAAGGUCUUGGACUCUUUGAAGUAGAAACCUGUAGCAUCUUAGGACCGGACUCUUAGAACCUGCUUCCUAUGGACCCAUAGCAUCUCAGAACCUUCCAGUCAGGGAGCCCUUUGUAACGUUUCAGAGAUCACAAAAAGGAAAGCUUAGGAGCUAUGUAGACCAA